AUGGACCACAUCGCGGCCCCCGAUUCCACCAGAAUCCAAUACAACCCUGCCAUCCACGGAGACUACGAUCCCACAGCACCUUAUGCAGCGCUGCCCGUCGAGGAGGAGUACGUCUCCCGCGCAGCGUUCAACCGAUUCACUGGCAAAUUUCAAGGCGCUAAUGGCAAGGCGCCGGAGAACUACAAUGACGAGAAUAAGAGUCGCAGGCAGAUGGAGUUUUACUUUGACGUCGAUGCCGCGGCGAGCUCGCACGAUGGCCGGAGUUUGAAGGCCGAGAGACAAACGAGGAAGCUGACUAGGAAGGAGGUCAAGGCUUUUCAGGAGAAGCGUCGUGCGAGGAAGGAAGAGAAGAGGAAGGCGUGGUUGAGGGAUUGA